AUGCCGUUGACUUUACCCAAAGACUCGGAGGAGGCGAAGGCGCUGGUGUGUCAUCUUCGACAACUCGCCGACAAUAAAGUUUGCUUCGAUUGCCCACAAAAGAACCCGAGUUGGUGCAGUAUUACGUACGGUAUAUUCUUGUGUAUGGAUUGCUGUGGGCGCCAUCGCGGUAUGGGCGUACAUGUUUCGUUUAUGCGCUCAACUGAUCUCGACAGCUGGAAGCCCGAAGAGGGACUUCGGGUGGCGCUUGGUGGUAACGCAGCAGCCCACCGAUUUUUUAAGCAGCACGGGUGCAAUGACCCCAAGGUUCGCUACACUUCUGCUGCGGCGCAGGUAUACCGAAAAAAGCUCGACCGUCUUGUGGCAGAAUGUAUUGGGGGGAAACCAAUGGAAUGUUCUGCCGGUGAGGAGACCGCUGAAGUAGCAGAGAAGCCUUCUGAGGGUCGCAAGGAUCCUGAAGAAGUGCUGGAUGUCGGUAGACCAGUGAUGCAGCCUACCGUCCUUGCCAUAUCAUCUAAAUCUGGAAAAAAAAAUGGCGCAACAAAGAAGAAGGGGUUUGGUGGAGCCCAAAAAGUGGAGGGGGCGAUCAAGGAGACUUCGGACCCGGUACCCCACACUUUGCUCCAUGAUGAAGAAAAACCCGAGAGUAUUAAUGACCGGGAGGCCAAUACUUACGCGAGCAGCGCAUAUCCUCCCGAAAACCCAACGAACCGUUUUUGUGGAGUGGGGAACCCUGUGCUUCAAGCAGAGAGACCCGGCGGUGAUAUCAAAAGCGGCCCCGACUUCUCUGGCGUCGGGUCGCAGCCGUACGAACCAAAUAUGAACCGCUCAGGGGGCGGCGGUGGAGGUAUUGGAGGUGGUGGUGGUAGCUUCCAAGACACCUUGUGGCAGGUCACCGAGGCAUGGGAUUCCCUGAAGGAGACGGCUAAUCGAUCCCGCGAGCAGUGGGGAGGUAAAGUGAAAGAAUUCCUGGACGAUCUCUAA